AUGCUUCCAAUAGAAAAAGAAAAUUCAAGAGUUGCUACAACUAAACCAUUAGAUGAACUUUUUACUAAUGUCGGUCAAAAGUUUGAGACAGAGACCGUAAAGCAUGAAGGCUAUCGUUUUGACUACCCAUUAAGAUGGCUAAGAGACCCAUCUGUCACAAAAGCUAUUGGCUUUCGUAGAAUGAAGUUUGUGUCUGUAGAAGAUAAAAGUUUUCCAUUUAUUGUAAGGUUUCAUAUAGAUUAUAUAUCUGAAGGGAAACGAAAAAUGUGGGAAGAAAUUGAGCUAAUACAAGUUGACCUUUCAUCUUCUCUACAGACUGCGUUAAAAAAUAUAGAAGAUAAAAAA